AUGGUACGUCAGGAAGCUGAGACUUUAAAUCCUGCUUCAUCAAGGGGUCCCUCUGCAUACCAUCAUUUCUUAGGCCUACCUGCACCUCACGAAAGCUUCCGACGUAUCACCUGCACAUUAUCGGCGCGCGCACAACACAUCCUCUUCUCUAAACACACGCAACAAGAUCUUGAGAGACACUAUCAAGACUAUCAAGACAUGUCGGAUAACAGCAAAGACACUGUAAAAAGCCCUAGUGCGACGGCGAGCGUUCCGAGACGCGCAAUCCCCGAAACAAUGUACGACCGCGUCAAGCACCUCCCCGAGUACAAGGCCUGGGUGGCUGGUGGUGGUUUGGCGCGAUUCGCCAAUGAACAAGAUCUGGAAACAGAUUUUGUAGAUCACAUAUUCCGCACCAGCCCCCAGGUCCAGAUUGCGUACGAUAGAAUUCUCCGAACGAUGCCCAGCCUAUUGCAGGAGAUGACCCGGGAUAUGAGGCCAGAGCCGACGACCUACAGCCAGGCAACCGCACUCCAAGCAAUAAACGAUUACGAGCAAGGCAGCAGUUCGGCUGCAAUCUCGGAGGACGAUGAUGACAGCGCCGAGAAGACGAGCAACCCCGAGAACACAAGCGAGAAGGAACCCGCAAGCAAGCAAACUAACGACGUUGUGAGUCGCAAGACUCGGCAGCCCUAG